AUGGCAGUAUGGUCGUUUCAGCGUGGCUCAUCGCUUCUCGAAGUAGCCCCUCCUAGUUUUUUGAUUAUUCGACAUAUAGUUUGCCAGAGUAUGAAGAAUCAGAGAUUCUCAUCCAAGCGCCGCUUACGUGCAAUGGGCAUAUCACAUAGAGAGUAUUCCUCGCAGAAAAGUGAACUUCUUGUCUUUGCAAUGAAGAAGAAGAUUUUCUGUGAAGGAUCUCUGUUGGACGCCGUUCAGCGCUCCAAUCUCUACUCCGAUUGUAAGCAUUUCGUCGACAUGUCUCUGAAGCAUGAUGCAGAGACUACUCUUGUGCGUUGGGAGGCGCUGAGAGCUGAAGGACCAGUGACAACUGAACGUCUACGUGAAUUCAUUAAAGACUAUUUUAAUGAACCAGAAAACGAGCUCGUAGAGUGUGAACCAGACGACUGGGACCCUACGAAUGACGCUUUUCACUGUAUCAAGGACAUAAACUAUCGUGCGUUCGCAUCAGCUCUUCAUCGUAAAUGGCCGUUAUUACAUAGAAAGAUAUCUGAUAACGUACAGCAUAGACCAGAGAGGUAUUCGAUUAUCCCAGUUCCGAAUCCGUUUGUUAUUCCUGGUGGAAGAUUUCGAGAGAUCUACUAUUGGGACAGCUUUUUCAUCAUAAUAGGACUUAUCGCUUCCAAGAUGUAUACAACAGUUCGUGGAAUGAUAGAAAACAUGCAACAUUUGAUAGAAAAGUAA